AUGACUUCUCACCUCGCGACGUGGAGUCGUCGGUUAGGGACUUUCGCUGAAAGGCAACCCAAGACAGUGUUUAGGCCAAGACAAAUGGGCGCCGUUGAGAGGUCGUCAUGUCUCCGGCGCUGCCGAGAGACCCGCAUCCUCCGCGCGUGCACACGACUCCCCCUCCCCUCGGCCCGAGAGGCAGACGUCUCACAUGAGCAGGCGGUUCUUUGGGUUUGGCCCUGA